GAAUUUCCCGGCCACUCACAACGACUUCACGAAGAGUCUUUGCGCCCGAUCUCGUUCGACGGACUCGGCCACCAAGACGUGACCUCACAUCGAGCUCACCGCCGACACGCGUGCCUCACAUAUAUUACUCAACACAACCCUAACUUGUCGACAUGGCGAACCUACAUUUCGCGCAUUCCGAUGCGCCCCUCAAGACGGUGCAGGAGAUCCAGUUCGGUCUCCUGUCGCCCGAGGAAAUCAAGAACAUGAGUGUCUGCCACAUCCUCUAUCCCGAGACUAUGGACGAGACGCGAACCAAACCUCGUACCAGUGGUCUCAAUGACCCGCGCCUUGGCUCCGUUGAUCGUCAGUUCAAGUGUGGCACAUGCCAGCAGAAUAUGUCGGAAUGUCCCGGUCACUUUGGUCACAUCGAGCUCGCUAAGCCUGUCUUCCACCCCGGCUUUAUCAAGAAGAUAAAGAAGAUCCUCGAGACAGUCUGCCACAACUGCAGCAAGGUCUUGGAAGACAGAAGUAAUGAAGAGUUCUCUCAAGCUGUCACCACCCGCGACAAGAAGGCAAGGUUUCAAAGAGUUUGGAAUGCUUGCAAGGCCAAGAAGCUCUGCAGCAACGACGUACCAAAGGAGGAGGAUCAAGCAUUCGACCCAAGCAGCAAGUCUUCAAAGCCGCAUGCUGGCCACGGCGGCUGUGGCAACGAUCAGCCCAAUGUCCGCCAGACCGCUCUUCAACUCUGGGCUACAUUUGAGACUAAGAACGAGGAUGGCGUCAAGACCAAGGAUAAGCGACUCAUUACGCCCGAAAUGGCACUCAACAUUCUCAAGCGCAUAUCGGACGACGACCUGAGGGACAUGGGCUUGAAUACCGACUACGCUCGUCCCGAAUGGAUGAUCAUCACAGUUCUCCCCGUUCCGCCUCCGCCUGUGCGACCCAGUAUCUCCAUGGAUGGAACUGGCCAGGGUUUGAGAAACGAGGACGAUUUGACGUACAAGCUGGGAGAUGUCAUUCGUGCCAACGGCAAUGUUCGUCAAGCCAUUCAGGAAGGCUCGCCCGCUCACAUCGCAGCCGAGUUUGAACAGCUACUUCAGUACCACGUUGCUACUCUGAUGGACAACGAUAUUGCUGGCCAGCCUCAGGCGUUGCAAAAAAGCGGCCGGCCUGUGAAGUCUAUUAGAGCGCGUCUGAAGGGCAAGGAGGGCCGACUUCGUGGUAACUUGAUGGGAAAGCGAGUCGAUUUUUCUGCCCGUACUGUCAUCACAGGUGAUGCAAAUAUUUCUUUGGAUGAAGUCGGUGUACCUCGCAGCAUUGCGAGAACCCUCACCUAUCCCGAGACGGUCACGCCCUACAACAUUUCACGACUCCAUAAAUUGGUGCAAAACGGUCCCAACGAGCAUCCCGGUGCAAAGUACGUCAUUCGUUCAGAUGGUACCAGAAUUGAUCUUCGACAUCACCGACGCGCUGGAGCAAUCUCACUGGAAUAUGGAUGGAAGGUAGAGAGGCAUCUUCAGGACGGGGACUAUAUCAUCUUCAACCGCCAGCCGUCACUUCACAAGGAGUCCAUGAUGGGUCACCGUGUCAAGGUCAUGCCUUACUCCACCUUUCGACUCAACCUUUCGGUCACCUCUCCUUACAACGCUGAUUUCGAUGGUGAUGAGAUGAAUCUUCACGUUCCACAAACUGAAGAAACCCGAGCCGAAGUCAAAGAACUUUGCAUGGUUCCACUCAACAUCGUGUCACCUCAGCGAAAUGGUCCGCUUAUGGGUAUUGUCCAAGAUACACUGGCGGGAGUCUAUAAGAUGUGCCGCCGUGAUGUAUUCAUCACCAAGGAGCAGAUUAUGGACAUCAUGCUCUGGGUCCCCGGCUGGGAUGGCAUUAUUCCCCAUCCUGCCAUUCUGAAGCCUAGGCCGCGUUGGACUGGCAAGCAGGUUGCCAGCUUAGUCAUCCCUCGUGAAAUUAGUCUGCACACUGAAUCUGACAAAGAAAAAGACCCUUGGUGUCCCCUCAACGACCAAGGUCUUUUGGUCCGGUCCGGAGAAGUCUUGUUUGGUCUGCUUACCAAGAAGAACGUCGGUGCGGCUGGUGGAGGAAUUGUUCACCUGUGCUACAACGAACUGGGACCUGCUGGCGCGAUGGCUUUUCUUAAUGGGUGCCAGCGCGUCAUCAACUACUGGCUCCUCCAUAACGGCCACAGUAUCGGCAUCGGUGAUACAAUUCCUGACAAGGAUACCAUUGACGCAGUCCAGGGCCAUAUUGAUAGUCAAAAGGCCGAGGUCGCUGACUUGACGGCGCAAGCUACUGCCAACACUUUGGAACCACUUCCGGGUAUGAACAUCCGUGAGACAUUCGAGAGCAAGGUCUCCCGAGCUCUGAACGAGGCUCGUGAUAAAGCAGGUACUAGUGCAGAGGCGAGUUUGAAGGAUAUCAACAAUGCCGUCGUCAUGUCGCGGUCUGGAUCCAAGGGUUCUGCCAUUAACAUCUCUCAAAUGUCGGCCCUGGUCGGACAGCAGGUUGUUGAGGGAAAACGUAUUCCUUUCGGAUUCAAGUACCGAACACUUCCUCAUUUCACCAAGGACGAUUAUUCACCCGAGGCCCGUGGUUUCGUGGAGAACUCGUAUCUGAGAGGUCUCACCCCGUCUGAAUUCUACUUCCAUGCCAUGGCUGGACGAGAAGGAUUGAUUGAUACUGCCGUCAAGACCGCCGAGACGGGUUACAUUCAGCGACGAUUGGUGAAAGCCCUUGAGGACGUUAGUGCCAAGUACGACGGUACUGUUCGCAACUCGCUUGGGGAUAUCAUACAAUUCAUCUAUGGAGAAGAUGGUGUUGACGGUAUGAUCGUUGAGGAACAGAAGGUGAAGUUCCAGUCGGUCAGGACUGUUGACUUUGAAAAGUCAUACCGUCUCGACGUUAUGGAAGAGAGCCGUCCUGCUGCGUUUGAUGCUCUUGAGUUCUCUCAAGAUAUGGCUGGCGAUCCGGAGACCCAAGCACUCUUGGAUAUGGAGUUUGAACAGAUCUGUAUUGAUCGUGAGUUCAUGCGUAGUCUCAAGAUGGGAUCCCCGGAUAAGCUUGAACACGGCUACCAGAUUCCUCUUAACAUAGGACGCAUCAUCCAGAUGUCCAAGAGAAUUCUCAAGGUGGACGAUGGGAAGCGCAGCAAUCUCACUCCCAAAGAUGUCAUACCUCGCGUGAAAAACCUGCUCGAGAGAAUGGUUGUCGUUCGUGGAAGCGACGAGAUCUCGCGGGAAGCUGACGAGAACUCGACAUUGCUCUUCAAAGCGGUGAUACGCUCCCAGUUGGCAUACAAACAACUAGCUGUCCAUCAUCGCUUGACGCUCAUGGCUUUCGAGCAUGUUUUGGGAGAGUUGGAAAGUCGAUGGGCACGCGCGAUGGUCAGUCCCGGCGAAAUGGUUGGCGUCCUAGCUGCACAGUCUAUUGGAGAACCGGCCACCCAGAUGACCCUGAACACUUUCCAUUUCACUGGUAUCUCGUCCAAGAAUGUUACCCUUGGUGUGCCGCGUCUCAAGGAGAUUCUGAACGUCGCCAGCAACAUCAAGACGCCAUCUAUGAUGGUCUACCUUAAAGACGGCACAGCCACUCAAGAGCGAGCCAAGAAACUUCGAAGCAUUGUGGAGCAUACCAACUUGCGAUCAGUCUGUGCUGUUGUGGAGGUCUAUUACGAUCCCGAUAUUCAGUCUACCAACAUUCCCGACGAUCUGGAUAUGGUCGAAUCGUACUAUCUCAUUCCUGACGAUAGCCACGACAGCAUUGACAGGCAAUCUCGCUGGCUGCUGAGAUUCACCCUUGAUCGACAAAAGAUGCUUGAUAAGGGCCUGGCAGUUGAGGAUGUGGCUCUGCGGCUCAAGGAGGAUUAUGCGAGUGAUUUGGCAGUGAUAUACAGUGACAACAACGCCGAGGAGCAAGUUAUUCGUGUUCGGCCAAUGCCGGAGGACGAUAAGGACGAAGAAGGCAACAAAGCAAUUGAAGACGACGUUAUGCUUAAGCGUCUUGCCGACCACUUGCUGGAGAAUUUGACCCUUCGCGGUGUUAAGGGCAUUGACAGAGCCUUCCUGACCAAGGGAGUGCGAACCUCUGCAGACCCACAGGGUGCCAUGGUCUGGAUAAAGGACGACCCUCUCUGCGAGGAAUGGUACCUUGAUACUUCAGGUACUGCUCUCCGAGAAGUUUUAGCCGUCGAAGGCGUGGACCCGAAACGAACCAGUACGAACGACCUCUGGCAGAUUGUCGAUGUCUUUGGUAUUGAGGCAGCCCGAGGUGCUUUGCUGAACGAAUUGCGGCGUGUGCUUGCCUUCGACGGUUCGUACGUCAACGAACGCCAUCUUACUCUUCUGGUCGAUGUCAUGUGCUACCGUGGUAGCAUUGCAGCAGUCACGAGACACGGUAUCAACAGGGCUGACACGGGUGCACUGAUGAGAUGUUCCUUUGAAGAGACUGUUGAGAUUCUUCUGGAAGCUGCUGCCACAGGCGAACUGGAUGACUGCCGUGGUAUUUCUGAAAACGUAAUGCUUGGUCAGCUGGCGCCCAUGGGUACUGGUCAUUUUGAUGUGUUCUUAGACCCUAAGAUGCUGGACACAGUCAUUUCUGACAAUUCCCGUAUGGGCCUCAUGCCCGGCAUGACGAUCAAGGGCAGCCAAAUGGAUGGUGCGGCCACUCCUUAUGACACAGGCUCGCCAAUGCAUGCCGACUCUGGCUACGCAAUGGGACUGGCAUCUCCGUCGAUGGGCAUGGCAGGCAACUUCUCUCCCAUCAUCGGAACUGGGUCGGACACGCCUGCUGGCUUCGCAUCAGAGUAUGGUGGUGGCUUUGGUAAUGCUAGUCCGUACGGCGGGAGAAGUCCUGGUGCUACUAGCCCAUUUAGCGGCACGUCGCCAACUUCUCCAUUUAGUUCCUUCGGCAGCUACUCGCCGACGUCUCCCGGUGUUGGUUACUCGCCCACAUCGCCUGCGAUUGGCGGUCGCUUCGCCAGCUCGCCGCAAUUCAGCCCCUCGUCCCCGUCUUUCUCGCCCACCUCUCCUGGUUACAGGGGCAGCCCCACGAGUCCAAGCUACAGCCCAACGUCGCCAAGCUAUUCUCCUACUUCCCCGUCUUCGCCUCGGCACUACUCGCCAACGUCUCCGGCUGCCCACUCUCCGACUUCGCCGACGUACUCACCAACCAGUCCCAACUACAGCCCCACGUCUCCCAAUCUGGCAGGUGCUGUGUCGCCUUCUUACAGCCCUGUUUCUCCUAAUUACUCGCCCACUUCUCCGGCCUCCUACUCGCCCACGAGUCCCAACUUCAACAGAGCGACACAGGUGUCCCCAACAAGCCCACAGUACUCGCCUACGUCUCCACAGUUCUCUCCUAGGACUCCUGGACCCGGCGGCAACACCAGCCCGAAGUACUCCCCUACAUCCCCGAAGAAUGACUAGCCGCUCUCCGUCACUUGCCAUAUUCAAACACGUCAUUUGGACUUGAAUAAUACCGCACAAAAAGGCGUUUAGAGGUUCCAUUGAUUUUACUCGGGUCUCGAAUUUUUUCCCUUGAAACACCCAGAUCCAGCCUCUUAGUACGCGCUGGCUUUUCACCGAGACGCGAGGCU